AUGAGUCUUUCUUUGACAGACCGACUCGUUGAACUAAGCAAGGCACGGAACAAUGGCCUUAUUUCAGAAGAAGAAUACGCGGCCAUGCGAGCUCGCCUGCUCGAUUCCUUUGCUACAGUCACUAUACCGCCUCGCACAGCUUCUAUGCCACAGGAAUCAGACACACGACAGUCGCGCACAUCUUUAGUUCCUCCAUCUCGACCCUUACCGCAACCACCUAUACCGAAUUACGCACUGAACCGAUGCAGAGAUGACUUACUUCCGAAUGGCGCCGCAAAUUUAGCCACCACACUGUAUGCACGGCAAGGUAGCAAAAGUGAAUUGAACCUAAGAUCAUUGCCGAGAGACUUGCCGGUUGCUGGACGACCGGGAACAAGUUCUAGGCAAGCGGCGAGCGAUAGGCAGCAGCGAGCGCGCACGCUGAUACUACAGCACGAGUACGACUACGAACAUAAGCAGCAAUACCAGCAACGCUAUGACGAGUCGGUACCCGAAACGCCGCCACCACCAUACUCACCGCCGGAACCACUCCCUCGGCGCCGCCGUGCCUCCACAAGCUUUUUCAUGAAACAGAAAACGGCUGCAGAACUUCGCGAAGAACUAAGUAAACUUGUUGAUGACGCUAAACGAGAACAAGACUCGUGGAAAAUGGAAGAAGCUCGACUGAAAAUGAAAAUGGUUACCAAACCCGAAGAGAUUGAACGUGUCCGUAGAAAACAAAGAGCGUCUGCGGAAAAGUAUACUCGAAAGAUCGAGGCAAUUAAUAUUAAACUGAGCAUUGCACUCGCUAUAGAACAAGCAUAA